UGUUUCGGCUGAGCCGGGGGAACGCAUGCGACCUCGCUCGGAGUUAAAGAAAAUUGGAUCUUUAUUGCGCAUGCGCACUUGUCCUUUUGAAUCCUCCUCAAAUAUUAGUUGUGUGCAAUGGCGAACGAUGAUGAUCGAAGCGCUUGAGCUUCGUUAUGGCUAUAAGGUUUCCAUCUCGCGUUUCUUUAUUCACUGGACAUGAGAAAGACGCCAGUUCUUGCGUUUCUUCUUUGUCACUGGAUUUAUCUGGGGUCGUUCCAGAGCACGUUAGAUCGAGUGCCAGUUGGUGCUGUGUUUGAUCGGAACUCAAUCCAGGUGGAUACAGCCUUCAGUCAUGAGGUACAGAAGAAGAAUAGUGGGUCCGGGCACCAAAGGUUCGAACUCCAAAACUGGACAAUCACACUGGAUGUCACCGAUAGUUUCGCUGUCAGUAACGCCCUGUGCUCCCAUCUCUCGAACGGCGUCUUCGCCAUCUUCGGUGUAUCGAAUGCUUCAUCUCUGGCCACCAUUCAGUCGUACACCAACACCUUCAAGGUCCCCUUCCUCACAUUCAGUAUGGCUCAAAACACAUCAUCCAACAAUUCCUUCCAGAUUUAUAUGCGCCCACUGUUUGUCAAUGCCAUCAUCGAUGUUAUAGCUCACUAUGAAUGGAAGAGGAUCUACUAUAUAUACGACACGGACGAAGGUUUAAUUCGUCUGCAACAGCUCUUCCAGUCUGUAAAUAUGCACGAGUAUGUGUUAGACAUCAAUGCAAAGCGAGUUUCGUCAGUGGAAAACUGUUAUAUGGUUCUAAGGGACCUCCAUUUAAUGGAAAGCGAGAAUAACCAACACCUGGUUCUAGACAUGGAAAUUGGGAAAACUCAAGAUGUUAUUUUAAAAGUGAAGACGGAUCCUAACAUCAACAAUGUAAAAUUUCAUUUUUUGAUAGCAGAAUUGGGUAUACUUGAAAUGAAUCUGACACACUUCACCAUCGGAGGUAUGAACAUCACCGGAUUUGAAAUCAUUGACCCAAACAACUCCACCGUGAGAACCUUCCUUGACCAGUGGGCCAAUAUGGACAGCAAGCAAUGGCCAGGAGCCGGACAUAAAAGUAUUAAGUAUGAAGCAGCUUUAGCGGUAGAUGCUGUCAAUCUGUUUAUUCGUGCUAUCGGGAAGAUCCGUGGUACAGAUCCCAACUUUUUACACAAUAGAAGAUUCAAACAUACCGGCAACAAAGGUAUAAAGUGCACAGAUAACUCUGUUAUCGACACGGAUCAUGGCUCAAGGGUCCUUAAGGAGCUCAAAAAGACCCAGUUUAAUGGAAUAACUGGAAGGGUCGCUUUCGACGACUAUGGCCACAGGAAAGACUUCUCCCUUGAAGUGUACGAUGUGGCCAUGAACCGGGGAGCAGCCAAGGUCGGCCAUUGGAGUGAAAAGGAUAGAUUAGUUCUGCAACAAGCUCGACUCUUGAGAGACAGGAACCGAUCGUCACGUGACCAAAACCGAACACAAAUCGUCACAACUAUCCAAGUGGACCCAUAUGUAAAGUUCAAGACAAUUCCAAGGAAUGGACGUCCUCUUGUUGCCAAAGAAAAUCUGGAGGGAUUCUGUAUGGAUUUAGCCCAAGCCGUGGCCGAGAAUGUGGGCUUUGACUAUGAUGUACGCUUUGUCAAAGACAAUUCUUAUGGGGCCAUAAUGAAAAAUGGCACAUGGAAUGGCAUGGUUGGCGAGCUAAGUCGACACGAAGCAGAUCUUGCCAUAGCACCCCUCACCAUCACAGCAGCUCGUGAGAGAAUCAUUGACUUCACAAAACCUUUCAUGAGUCUUGGAAUCAGCAUUAUGAUCAAGAAGCCAGAGAACCAAAAAGCUCAUGUGUUUUCCUUCAUGGAUCCCCUGUCUUAUGAGAUCUGGAUGUGUAUUGUGUUUGCAUACAUUGGUGUGAGUGUGGUGCUAUUUUUGGUGAGCAGGUUUAGUCCCAACGAGUGGCACAUGUGUGAUGACUCCUCUAUUACCAAUGACUUCACCAUCUCGAACAGUCUUUGGUUUUCUCUCGGAGCUUUUAUGCAACAAGGAUGUGAUAUAUCGCCAAGGUCGAUGUCAGGGCGAAUAGUGGGGAGUGUGUGGUGGUUCUUCACGUUAAUUAUAAUCUCGUCCUACACUGCCAACCUGGCAGCCUUCCUCACCGUGGAGCGUAUGUUGACACCGGUGGAAUCGGCGGAGGACUUGGCCAAACAAACAGAUAUCCACUAUGGUACCGUCAGUUCUGGAAGCACAAAGAUGUUCUUUAAGAAUUCGAAAGUAGCAAUAUAUCACAGGAUGUGGUCCUACAUGACUUCAGCGCAACCAAGUGUGUUUGUGAACUCUAUAAAAGAUGGCAUCGAAAAGGUUCGAACCGAAAAAGGAAAAUACGCUUUCCUUAUAGAAUCCACCACCAACGAUUUCUACAAUCAAAGAAAACCAUGUGACACGAUGAAGGUUGGACAGAACCUCAAUUCAAAUGGUUUCGGGAUAGCAACACCAGUUGGAUCCGAACUCAAGGACUACUUGAACUUUGCUGUUCUGGAGCUGCGAGAAUCCGGCAAAUUGGCACAAUGGCAGAAGCACUGGUGGUACGACCAAGGGGAGUGUGCUACAGAGAGCACGUCCACGGACGGGACCCAGAGUGCACUGACGUUACAAAACGUGGCAGGUAUAUUUUACAUUCUUAUUGGAGGACUCAUUCUUGCCCUGGUAACAGCCGUGGUCGAGUUUUUCUACAAGUCUCGUGUCGACUCGAGAAAAUACAAGACAACGUUUGGCUCCACAGUAAGAUCAAAAGCUCGACUUUCGUUCCGUGGUCAUUCAGACAGCGAUGAACCCACCUCUCCCCCUAGGAAGACAUUGAAUACUUAUACAUACACCGGUCCUACCCCCAUCGUUGGAGUUGACACAUACCAAGACGGAAACACCCACACACAAGUCUGACUGAGCCCGGAUUAUAUCAUUGUACAAACUGUGUACAAUGGUAGCAGCCAGAGUUAAAAUAUAUAACUAAAACAGACAGUCUUCGUUCAUGGUCAUUGUCGAAGUCACAACAUUAAACAGAUGUCAGUUCUGAACAAUGUGGUAAACUAAAUAUGAGAUCGUGUCAUUCGGCUCCCCGUAGCUUCACUUUAG